GCAGUUGAUUGCUGCCCGCUAAAGUGUGCAGGUUAGGGAGUUGUUAUACGCUUUAGCAUCAGCACUAUCAAUCUUCUGCGCAUGCGCAGAAGAUCGAUAGUGCUGUAUGUUCGAGGUGACACAAACUCCCAAAACUCCGGAGUUAUUUCGAUAAGAAACUGAAGUAUCGAAUUAAACCCAGGAAACGUCACGUAAAUCGAUCUUGUUUUCUUUAAAUACAAGAUAAAUUAAAUAGCACACAAGAAUGGGUGACAGAGUGACUCAUUUAUGGAGGAAAAUUAUCAUUUUUUUCUUGAAUGUAAAUUGCAUUUCAUACUGAUUUGUACCGUGUCAGUACUUCUCCCACGUUUACACACGAAGAUGACAUGAUUCACGUUUAUAUUCCACGAUAUCGUUUGGUGGAUGAACUGCCAGAUAAACCUCACUACGUGUAUGUUGUAGAAAUUUUCGAUAGUGGUAAGCAUUACAAAGCCGAGAGGAGAUACAGCGCGUUUCAUUGCUUACAUCGUGAGUUACGCAAGAACUACAGCACACCAGUAUUUCCUCCAAAGAGAGUUCGAAGUUGUCAAACUAAAGUGCUUGAACGUCGUAGACAGUGUCUGGAACAGUACCUUCAGGUCAUGCUUCGAUUUGGUCCAUGUCGAGAUCAAGUUCUUGCUUUCCUUGGAAUCACUAAAACCCGAACUUCAGAGGAACAGGAAGGAACAGCUGUAGGUGAAAAAGCCUUGAAUCAUCAACCUAUCUACAUUUACAAGAAAGAUCCAUUUCUGGAAUAUGAAAGGAAGAGUAGCCUUCCUGAUAUUGUCACUGAAGGUGUAUUAAUGGCAUUGUAUGGAAAAUCACAGUGAAAAUUUGUGGGUGUGAUUUUUUUAUUUUUAUCAGUUGUAAUUUAAAUUAAAGUGGUGGCUUCUCUACUGAGAGUAUUGUCACAAGCCUUCACCAUGGCUCGACUGAAAGUUCUCCAAGUGUUAAUUUUUGUGAGUGUAUGGGUGUUCUAUGCAGCCACAUAUUUAAUUAGAAAGCCAUUAGGAGUAAUCAAAGUGGGAAUGGAGGAGGAACUAAAUUUCUCAAAAACUCAGUUAGGAUGGAUGGAUACAGCAGUAAUGUUGCCAUACUCCUUAGUUCAGAUGUCUUUUGGUACAGCUGCUGAUAACAUUGGUCCUCGUCGAACAGUUACAGCAUGCCUAGCUCUUACUGGCAUGAGCAUGAUGUUUUUUGGGUCUUGGAGUUCAUACCCAGUAUUUCUCUUACUUUUGCUCUUAAGUGGAGUGACACAAGCACCAGCAUGGCCUGCAUGUUGCAAAUGUUUAGCAGCAUGGUUUCCUGAUAAAAAUCAAAAUACUGUUUUUGGCUUUAUGUCUACAUCCGCUUAUGGAGGAAGUAUGAUAGCCACUGCCAUUGCUGUUUAUCUUUACAACUAUUAUGGCUGGCGCUUUGUUUACCUACCAUUAUCGUUAGCAGUACUAGGCUUAUCGUGCGUAGCAUGGUUUUGUCUCAAGAUGCCUGAAGAUUACAUGCUCACAAUACCUGGUAAGACAGUCGCACCAGAACGUGUGGGAACCAAGAGCAAACCCUCAAUACUGGAAUUGUGGCGUAUGCCUAUGGUGUCUGAGUUAGCUAUAGCCAUGAUGUGUUUAAAGUUAGUACGAUAUAGCAUGUAUCUUUGGCUACCUGUGUAUCUUAUGAAAGCUUUGAACAUGUCUCCAUCAGUUACUGGCAUCUUAUCAGUAAUGUUCGAUAUAGGAGGUAUGGCUGGGAGUGCGAUUUUGGGAUAUGCUGCUGACAAACAUAGUUCACUCUUCCACACGUGGCUUGCUGUUGUUGGGAGCACACUGUGCUUUAUUUUCUUUCUUUUAACCGCGACUUGGGGUACUACGUACAAUGCUGUUCUUCUCUUACUUGCGGGGGCAUGUAUUUGUGGACCAGAUGCUCUCUUAGGAGGAUCAGCUGCUGUAGCAAUUGGAGAAAAAGAUGGUCGCAAUGCUGGUGCAGCAGUUGCUGGUCUUGUGAAUGGCUUUGGCAGUCUGGGUGGAGUACUUGAAGGACCUUUAGUUGGUUGCAUUACUGAAAUGUAUGGUUGGAACACAAUGUUUCUCCUAAUUAUUGCUCUCCUCUUAGUUGGCUCUUUUUCUGUGCUUAGAGCCUUCGUUAUUCAAAGGAGGCAAAUUUAUUUGAAUAAUGUAAUAGCAUUAGCUGAUGCUGAAUAAGAAAUGCAUCUGUUGGUACACGCUACAGUAGAUGCUCUUGUUUAUGGAAUAAAUACAAAUCUGUGAUCAAUCAAUAUCUUUGAUGAGUACAUUGUAUAGCAGGAUUCCCCAUGCACAUUACAAUAUGCCAAAAUUUGAGAAUUAUUCUUUAAUCUAUUCUUAUAGGCCUAAGGCAGUUAUUCAUACUGCCUUUGCAUCUGCAUUUCCAUGCGAGAAAUACAUUUUAUAUGUCUAUUUAUAAUUUGUUAUAUAUGUUGAUAAAUAUUGACUGAUAUUGUUUUACAUGUAAACUAUGUCAACAGUGAAAAAAGUAAAAUAUCUAACAAAAAAUCUUGAAUAUUUAUUACCUAAAAUGCUUUUUGGAGUGUUGAAUAUUAAUAUUUUUACUCAUGAAAAGCUGCAACUAAUAGUAUGUGGAAAUAAUUUCUCUUAUUUCGGUAAAGCCAGAACACACUUACAUGCAACCAUUUUAUUUAUUUAUCAAAAAACAGUAAAAAUUUAUAAUUUUCACAUGCUUUUUUUGAGCUCCUGAACUCCUACCCCCAUUUACUUUUUAAUAUACAUAGUUCAAUGAA